AUGGUUCUUAACGUUGCGACAAGGGAAUAUUCCGUGUUCAUGAAGUAUAUGGUGGGAUUGAGCGAUUACAUCCGAAAGGAGAUGAGGUUAUUCACGAUCGAGACUAUUGCAGAGGCGAGCAUGAAGGUCAUUGCCAUUGAGGGCAAGCAAAAGAAGAGCAACGAAGUAAAGGGGGAUGCAAAGCAAGUUGGAGGUGAGUCUAGUGAUUCUCAGUUUAAGGAGGAGAAGAAGAAGGGUGAUCCAGGAAAAACAGGACUGAUUUGUGGUCAUUACGAGAAGACAGGGGUGAUCUGCGGGAUAUCGUACCGGCACUCCCGGCACGAGCUGAAGGGGUGUAUUAACGAUGCCAAGUGCAUGAAGUACCUCCUCGUUAACCGGUUCCACUUCCCUGAGUCCUCCAUCAUCAUGCUCACCGAAGAAGAAACUGACCCAUAUAAAAUUCCGACCAAACAAAACAUAAGGAUGGCAAUGUUUUGGCUUGUGCAGGGUUGUCAACCUGGAGAUUCUUUGGUAUUCCACUAUUCAGGCCAUGGCUCUCAACAAAGGAGUUAUGAAGAGGCUGAUGGAUAUGAUGAAACCCUUUGUCCUUUAGACUUUGAAACACAAGGAAUGAUUGUUGAUGAUGAAAUCAAUGCAGCUAUUGUCAGACCACUUCCUUAUGGGGUUAAGCUUCAUGCUCUUGUAGAUGCUUGUCACAGUGGUACUGUACUUGAUCUACCAUAUCUUUGCAGAAUGAAUAGGACUGGGCAAUAUGUAUGGGAGGACCAUCGACCGCUAUCUGGUAUGUGGAAAGGUACAAGUGGUGGAGAAGCAAUUUCUUUGAGUGGUUGUGAUGAUGAUCAAACCUCUGCUGAUACUUCGGCUCUCUCAAAAAUAACAUCAACGGGAGCCAUGACUUUCUGCUUCAUCCAAGCUAUUGAGCGAGGCCAUGGAGCCACAUAUGGAAGCAUCCUAAAUUCAAUGAGGUCUACCAUAAGAAGCACUGGGGACUCAAUGGGCGGAGGUCCUGUGACAUCUCUCUUGACCAUGCUUUUGACUGGAGGAAGCGUAGGUGGUGGGUUGAGACAGGAACCACAACUGACCUCAAAUGAACCAUUUGAUGUCUAUAUGAAGCCAUUCUCUUUUUGAUUCAUAGAGUCUGCAUCUCUCUUAUCGCCUUUCAAUUUUAUUCACACACAUGUGUGCUUGUACAGUCACUGGUUACCUGAAGGGUUCUCACUACAGAGGCAGAUCCCAUGUUAUCGACAAUUAUCUAAUUAUGCUGCAUUUGGUGUCUGAACGAUAAUUUGAGAAUUGAUUCUCUUCUCAAACUUUUCAUUGUAUAUGUAACAAUUUUAAGUAACACAUGCUCCAAACUGUUAUUGCAUGUGAUUCAUUUUGGAGGAUAGAAUUCAAAAGUUGAAGGGACAAAGUUAUAGCUGGGUUUGCUGUAUCUAUGAUAUGCAGAGUAAUAUCUCAGUUUGCUGUAUC